GGCCGCGCCUUCCGGGAGCAGCUUCCGGCUCCCCGAGCUGGUCCUCCAGGACACCGAGAGCGUCGGCCAGAGCGCCGGCGCCCUCUUCCCCAUUGCGGCGUCGUCUGACGACGUGCCGGAAUCAACAUCGCGCCUGCGCCUGCGCCUGCGCCUUCCGCGGCGACGGUGGCUCUGUGCGUACGUCAUCGCGGGCGCGACGCCCCUAGGGACAGUCAGGGGUCUGGCGGUCCAGAGGUGCGGCUGUAAGACCGCCCGGGAAGAUGCCAGUGGCGGUGAUGGCGGAAGGCGCCUUCAGUUUCAAAAAGUUGCUGGAUCAGUGCGAGAACCAGGAGCUCGAGGCUCCUGGAGGAAUUGCUACACCCCCAGUGUAUGGUCAGCUUUUAGCUUUAUAUUUGCUUCACAAUGACAUGAAUAAUGCAAGAUAUCUUUGGAAAAGAAUACCACCUGCUAUAAAAUCUGCAAAUUCUGAACUUGGGGGAAUUUGGUCAGUAGGACAGAGAAUCUGGCAGCGGGAUUUCCCUGGUAUCUACAUGACCAUCAGCGCCCACCAGUGGUCUGAGACAGUACAGCCAAUCAUGGACGCACUUAGAGAUGCCACAAGGAGACGCGCCUUUGCCCUGGUCUCUCAAGCAUACACCUCGAUAAUCGCUGAUGAUUUUGCAGCUUUUGUUGGACUUCCUGUAGAAGAGGCUGUGAAAGGUAUACUAGAACAAGGAUGGCAAGCCGACUCCACCACCAGAAUGGUUCUGCCCAGAAAGCCAGUUGCAGGGGCCCUGGAUGUUUCCUUUAACAGGUUUAUUCCUUUAUCAGAGCCUGCCCCAGUUCCACCAAUCCCCAAUGAACAGCAAUUGGCAAGAUUGACCGAUUAUGUGGCUUUCCUUGAAAAUUGAUGUACCAUUCUGAAUUCAGCAUCCACUUCAGAAUCCUGUACACUGACAAAUACAGAAAUGUAAAAUUUUUAUUUUCAAUUUACUGGAUGGAUUAUACGCACCUCAGCAUUCCUUACUGAGUAUGUGAUAAAAUACAUAUAUAAUAUAAAAAUAUUAUAUAUAUUUUGUCCUUAAACAUUAUGCUAAAUAGAUGUUAAAGCAAUUCUCAUUUUGUAAUAUUUAACAAUCUGGUUGGAGCCCAUCAGUAUUAAGCGGUUAGUUUAUAGUUCCUGGAGAUCCACAACGCGAGCUCCCUGCCUGGUGUAGAGCACAGCUGUCACUGCCAUCCCUGCCUGGUGCACACCUCUGUCUGCACCACUGGUGGAGAGGCACAGCUAGAGCAGGACGAUGCUCGGGGCAGAACCUGAAUUGCUGGGAUUGUGAUUCACCCUCCUUGGAGAAAAUGUUCCCUUUUCUCCCACCUCUGGGGAAUCACUAAUAGGUACAGAAAUAUAGCUAAGGAGCAAGUAGACCAUUUUCCUGAAUAAACCAGUUUGUUAGUGUUAGUUUUUUCCCAAUACUGGGAGUGCAUUCAUUGCUGGCAGUGGAGGGCUUGCCGGGCACAUGCCAUGUUCCCACGUGUUCAGUUCAGAGGGGAAGGUUGAGUGCACAGUGCCUUGUGUGGCAGAGAAGCGUUACGGUGAGUGAGGCGCUCCAUGCAACUCUCCUGCGUCCAGUUGGUUGCUGACAUUUACCCUGAGGUUCAAGUUCUGCCUUUUGAAGAAUUGCUGAACACCUCUUCAUUCUUUAUGUGACAGCCCUCCACAUAUUUUGAGUUUGUUUAUUGUAUCUUUAGGUUAAAAUACCCCUUAGUUCAUUUAUUCUGCAUUUGUUCAAUAAAUAUUUAAUUGAAUUCUUCAACUGUUCCAUCUGAGCUAGUUUCUAGAGUUUUCACUGUCUUGGUCUUCUGUGGAUACUUUCUAGUUUGUCAUUGCCUCUCAAAAUAAGAAUGUCUUAAUUAAAUAGAAAAGACCUCUAUAUUGAA